CCAACAGGGAGUGAGGCGACGCUUACGCUCGCCUUGGCCAUCGUCGACCAGGAUGUUCUCAUGGUUCAAGAAGGCGACGAUGCCGAACAACUAUAGCUUCGACGGUCUCAAGAGCGUGCACAUGCAACUGCUGCGGCACCGCGAGCUCAGUGAAAGCGCUCUCGUCGAACUCUUGCGCGUGUCGAGCGAGUUCCUCAUAUACAGCGAUCAGCAUUCGGCGCAGCAGUUCUUCUUCGAGUACUUUUGCGAGAAGAACAUGCUCGCCCUGUUCGUUCAAAUUGGAGAAGCUGCGCCGCCCCAUCGCGUCCAGGUGCAGCUGCUGCAGACCUUGAGCCUCCUCGUCCAGAACAUCUCGACGACCACGUCAUUGUACUACAUCUUGUCCAACAAUUACAUCAAUCGGCUCAUGACUUGUCGGCACUUCCAACUGGAUCAAGAAGAUGUCAGGGACUGGUACGUAACUUUCCUCAAGGCGCUCAGUAUCCGCUUGAACGUCGACACGGUCCAAUUCUUCUUUAACGCUGCCACACGCACGUUUCCGCUGUACAUCGAAGCGCUCAAGUUCCGCGCGUGUCCAGAGAUCCAGGUCCAGAUCGCCGUCAAGACCGUGCUCCUCAAUGUACUGCGCGUCCCAGAUGAUCGCAUGCGGCGCUUCCUCACGCACCGACAAAACAUGCCGUACUUUAUGGAGCUUGUGGACCAAAGUCAGGUGCUGGCGCUCAAGAUGCAAGGGCUCCUCAAUACGAUGCAAAACAUGAACGAAGACAAGCUGCACUACGUUAUAGAUGCAACGAUUGACCACUGGUACUACAUGCAGGACAUCCUGGACGUCCCGCUCCCGGACCUGACCUUUCAACUCGGGGAAUGGGUCUUUGAAUCGUACCUGAAGGGGUUCGUCGCCCACAGCCUCUUGCCCAACUGCCAUGCCAACGGCCAGCGCAUAUCGACCUUACUCGCGCUGUUCCUACUGCUCCAGUUCUUCCAGUGCAUCACCCACACACCGCUACUCAACGCCGCCACCCUGAUGCUCUUCCACCCAGACGCCCACGAGAGCUCGUACAUGUCGUCGGCCCUCGGAGCUGGGGGACGCAAGCCGUCAAACGCAAGGUCGCUCUCCCGCGCCACCUCGUUCGAGUCAUCGUUGAGCCAAGCCAGUCCUCGGCAAGUGACGUUACCUCCGUCUCCGCCUCUUUCGGUCGAUUCUCCGGCCACCCACCCCAUCCCACAGUCCCUCUCUGCCGAGAGCCUCCAAUUCCAGCACCAGUCAAAACAGCUCGAGUUGUCCCCCACAGCUGCCCACGCACUGAAGUCCCCCCGCUUUGUACUGCCCAAACUGCCUCCAGUUGGAUUCCAGCCCCAUCAAUCAUCGAGCCAAGACCCGACCGAUCUCUCUCCAUGCUCGUCCUCGUGCUAUCUUGUCACGCGCUUUGCGAUUGGCGAGUGGCCUCCUAGCGACGUACUUCGUCUGCCUCUCCCCGACGACGGCAACUCCCACCAGCAGUCCCUGCUGGCUCUGCUCCAGUCCAGCGACUCCCGGCUCAGUCUCGGCGCCACGGCUCUGCUCGCUGCAAUUGCGUCCAACAAGAACAUCGACAAGUCCCUUUUGAAGGAGUGCCACCUCAAACCCGUCCACCUCCCCACCCCAACUCGACUGUCGACGCACCACGACGAAGCGUCAUCUGACGAAGACGACGACGACGCCGUAUGUCAAGACGCAGUCGUGGAGCCAACUCAUGACGUCGCAUGGGUGGAUCUGGUGCUGUCCCAGUUGGAGUCACGGCCGCGAUCUCUAAUCCACGUCAAAGUGUCCCUGCGCCUUUUGGAAGAACUCACCAGUCGAGGAAGUCAGCAUCAGUCGCACCUCGCAUUGGACCACGAGCGACGACUGCAGACAUUGCGUCAAACGUGGGCGCUAGAGCUGCUGCCGUCGGUCACGGGCUCGCAUGGGAACUUGGCAAGAUGGGAUACGCUCCUGCUUAAACUCUUGACUCCCGCGUCGGCUCCUGUGGUGGUCGAGUGGCCUCAUUUGUCGCCUUUUCACGCCGAAAAUGAAGGUGACCAACAUGCUAUCGAAAAGUACCUGGCAUUGCACGUGUUCAUGUCGAACCUGCAGCUCCUUCCUGCGUGGAGACCUCUCGUCGAAGCCGUUCUCGACGACCAGCAGCACGAAACCGCUGCGCUCAGGCAAGCGUUCCAAAGCCACACCCUCAUGGGCAUGGCCGAGAUCAGCUUUCUCCCGUGCAUGCUUGACACGAAUCGCGACGAUUGUCUCUUCUGCAUCCUCAAUGUCGACGCGUUUGUCCUCGUCCGACCAGGUCGAGAUAUGACAUCCGGCGAAGUGCAGCACCUAGUACCGCUCUACCUCACAAACGCGUACUCUGACACAAGGGACCCCAACGUUGUUCAUGUGUCUGUGUCCCCCAAGGCUACCGUGAGUCUGCUCUUCCAGAGCCCCGAGAUGGCGCACCAAGCGCUCCUGCAUCUCAACUCGAUGAAGAAUGUCCAAGUGGCACGAAAAUGGCGCAGUAUCGAAACCUUGCUGAAUGGAUAAUUUAUUAUUUAUGGUGGGUUUUGCAUCGGCAA